UCACUGGUAUGACAACUAUUGGCACCACUGCUAUUUAAAAGAGUAGUACUUCACGCAAUAAGCGUCGUACACAUAAGGUUUUUUGUAUUGUGUCAUUGAUUUGGAUUAAACAUGCAACAGCAAGAAAGAAAGAAAGGGGUCAUUCUAUUUUAGGCGCAUCCGGUGAAGGCAACUUACCCCCACGGGUGGGGUCUCCUGUCAUUUAAAACCAAAGAAGCGAGUGAAUGAGUUAUGUUGAUCACAUAAGAAGGAAUAUAAUAUAAUCAUGGCACGACCUAUUGUACCCAGUCAACAAAAGUUGGCUGAGAAGCUAACUAUUCUAAAUGAUAGAGGUAUUGGAAUGUUAACUCGGAUUUAUAAUAUAAAGAAAGCAUGUGGUGAUGCAAAGUCAAAACCUGGUUUUCUCUCUGAUAAGAGUUUAGAGUCUUCUAUCAAGACAAUUGUCAGAAAGUUUCCCAACAUUGAUGUUAAGGGACUUCAAACGAUUACAAAUCUUCGCAAUGAAAUCAUCAAAUCUUUGUCAUUGUAUUAUUACACAUUUGUGGAUUUGCUUGAUUUCAAAGACAAUGUUUGUGAACUUUUAACCACAAUGGAUGCCUGUGGUGUUCAUAUGGAUAUUACAAUAAAUUUUGAUUUAACAAAAGGUUACUUAGAUCUUGUUGUUACUUAUGUUAGUUUAAUGAUACUUUUAUCGCAAGUGGAAGAUCGUAAAGCUGUAUUAGGUUUAUUUAAUGCAGCUCAUGAAAUGGUACACAGCCAAUCUGAUUCUAGUUUUCCACGUUUGGGUCAAAUGAUUAUGGAUUAUGAUGCACCAUUAAAAAAGCUUUCAGAAGAAUUUGUACCUCAUUCAAAAUUACUGAAAAAUGCUCUUACUUCGUUAUGGCCUAUAUAUCCUGGAAGAAAUUUAUCAGCUGAUACAUGGAGAGCAGAUCAAAAACUCAGUCUUGUUGGAAGUCCUGGACAAAUACUUAAAGCAGCAGCAACAGACACCAUGUCCUGUGAAACUUUAAGUUUAGAUAGAAUAGAGAGAUGGGUUAUUUUAGGGUUCACAUUAUGUCAUACAUUUUUAAACCAGGAACAGCCUAGUAAACUUUGGACCACAGCUUUGGAAUCAGGCUGGGUUCUGGCCUUAUUCAGAGAUGAAGUGAUUUACAUACAUCAGUAUAUACAAACAUUUUUUGAAAGUAUAAAAGGAUACAGCAAGAGAGUAUCUGAAGUAAAAGAAUGUUAUAAUCAAGCAAUACAGAAAGCUGGUUACAGGCACAGAGAAAGAAGAAAAUUUUUAAGGACUGCUUUGAAGGAGUUAGGUUUAAUUUUAACUGACCAACCUGGUCUUUUGGGGCCAAAAGCUCUCUUAGUUUUGAUGGGACUUUCUCAUGCAAGAGACGAAGUUCUAUGGCUUUUGCGACAUGGUGUGAAUCCUCCUACCCAAGGAAAAAGUAAAGGAAGAGGAAGUGAAGAUUUGGUUGAUCGUCAGUUGCCGGAAUUAUUAUUUCACUGCGAAGAAUUAAGGGCUUUAGUGAAGAAAUAUUCUCAAGUACUUCAAAGGUACUAUGUACAAUUCUUAUCAGGAUUUGAUGCUCCUGCAUUAGAUCAAAUGAUACAAAAUCUACCGGUUUGCCCUGAAGACGAAGGGGCGAUACUUAGUGAUAUGUGUUCUAAGAUAGCUAGUCUAACAGUAAAACAAGUCGAAGAUAACGAACUGUUCGAUUUCCGUGCUUUUCGGUUGGAUUGGUUCAGAUUACAAGCAUACAUGUCGAUAGCAAAAUGUAACAUGAAUCUGGCGGAUAAUAGAGAAUUAGCAUCCUUUAUGGAUACAGUAGUAUUUCAUACUAAAAUGGUCGAUAAUCUCGACGAAAUGUUAGUCGAAACAUCUGAUCUAUCAAUUUUCUGCUUUUACAGUAAAGUAUUCGAAGAUCAAUUUCACAUGUGCUUAGAAUUCCCUGCUCAAAACAGAUACAUCGUCGCAUUUCCUUUGAUAUGUAGUCAUUUCCAAAGUUGUACGCAUGAACUUUGUCCAGAGGAGCGUCAUCACAUCCGGGAAAGAAGUUUAUCCGUUGUUAACAUGUUUCUAGAUGAAAUGGCCAAAGAGGCUAAAAAUAUUAUCACAACCAUAUGCGACGAACAGUGUAACAUGAGUGACAAAUUAUUAGCGAAACAUUGCGCUUUGCUAAUCUCACAAGUCGUCAAUAGGAAGAAGAAAGACAAAAAUAAGAAGAAUAUGUAUGAAAUUCAUAAACCUGGUAUAGAGAGUUAUAGAAAAACCAGAGAAGAGCUAACUACCAUGGAUAAACUUCACAUGGCAUUAACAGAAUUAUGUUAUGCUAUUAAUUACUGUCCUACGAUCAAUGUGUGGGAAUAUACCUUUGCCCCAAGGGAAUAUUUGCAUCAGCAUUUAGAAUCAAGAUUUGCUAGAGCACUUGUUGGUAUGGUGAUGUACAAUCCGGACACUAGCGAGAUAGCUAAACCAUCAGAGCUCUUCGUUAGCGUUAGAUCAUACAUGAAUGUCCUUCAGACAGUUGAAAACUACGUGCACAUAGAUAUUACACGUGUAUUUAAUAAUGCCCUGCUUCAGCAGACUCAAGAGUUAGACAGUCAUGGUGACAAAACCAUAGCUGCUCUGUAUACGCAGUGGUACUCGGAGGUUUUGCUGAGACGGGUCAGCGCUGGGAAUAUUUGUUACUCCAGUAAUCAGAGAGCAUUCGUUAGCUUAUCGGUAGAGGGAGCAAUACCGUUCAAUGCGGAAGAAUUCUCCGACAUUAACGAAUUGAGAGCCUUGGCUGAACUCAUCGGACCGUACGGUAUGAAGAUGUUGAAUGAAAAUUUAAUGUGGCACAUAGCGAGUCAAGUGCAGCAACUGAAGAAACUAGUUGCCGGGAACAAGGACGUUCUGAUAGCUCUGAGAACGAACUACGACAAGCCGGAAGUGAUGAAGGAACAAUUCAAAAAAUUGCAGCACGUAGACAACGUGUUGCAACGAGUUACUAUUAUAGGUGUAAUUUUAAGUUUCAGACAGUUAGCCCAGUCUGCCUUGGUCGAUGUCUUGGAGGAACGUAUACCGUUCCUUCUGAGCUCGAUCCUAGACUUCCGUCAUCACUUACCAUCGGGCGACCCCAUGCGCGUUGUGUCGGAAAUGACUUCAGCUGCAGGUUUAACUUGCAAAGUUGAUCCCACGUUAACAGCCGCGUUGAGGAGCCAGAAAUCAGAGGUAGACGAAGAUGAGCAUCUGCUAGUCUGUUUGUUGAUGGUUUUCGUAGCUGUUUCGAUUCCCAAAUUGGCACGAAACGAGAACUCCUUUUAUCGAGCAUCUCUGGAGGGCCAUUCGAAUAAUAUACACUGUAUGGCAACAGCAAUAAACAAUAUUUUUGGUGCAUUAUUCACGAUAUGCGGGCAAAAUGAUAUGGAGGAUAGGAUGAAAGAAUUUCUUGCCUUAGCAUCAUCCAGCUUGCUCAGACUUGGCCAGGAAGCCGACAAAGAAGCAAUUAAAAACAGGGAGUCUGUGUAUUUAUUAUUGGAUCAAAUUGUCCAAGAAUCACCGUUUUUGACUAUGGAUUUAUUGGAGAGCUGCUUCCCAUACGCGUUGAUACGCAAUGCAUAUCAUGAUGUGUACAAGCUCGAACAUUCGCAGCCAUAAAAUUACAAUAAAGGGGAUAUUUUGAACUUGCCACUCAGGGCCAUUUUUUUACGUCCAGUUGUAUGGAGAAUGGAAUCAGAAGGAACUUUAUUAACAGUCUACAAGGAAAGUGGCAAAAUGUUCUAUUUAACGGAUAUGCCGUUUAGUAACAUUGUUUUUUCUAUACUGCUUAAAAUAAAUUCGAACUUUAUUGUGUUCGAGAUGUAAGUCUGUUUCCAAUUGUAUUUAAAAUGGUCGGAAGAAAAGAAUUUGCGCUAAUUUAUUUGAAAUAAUGCAUUUUGCAUAGAAACAGUACCUUGUAUUUCAUAUUUGAUACCUGGCUUAAGAUAUUCUAUCACGUAUCACAUAAUACGAUUUUCUUUCACAGGAUUCUAUUAUACAUGAUCCGUACAGUAAGAGAACGACGUUUUAUAUUACAUUUUGAAUUGUAAAAUGCUGUCUGUCUUCGAAUUGAAAUACACACGUAUCUUGAAAUAAGUAUCGCCUCGAUAUGCUACAUUUUCUAAUGUACAAUUGUAACUUUUACAAUAGUUUAUAAAAUA